UCAUAAGUGAAAACAGAAUAGAUAUUGACGUAUCUAUUUUUAGUAUAUAUAUAAUCAUAGUCCAUCUAAUCUGUUUAGUAGUUUACUAAAAAAAUAUUGAUAUUGUUAGGAUUGCAAAUUUAUUAUAGAAAUUUAGCUAGAGUACGUAUAAUAAAUAGUACUAGCUGUGGUACUUUUAUUAUAUCGGUAGAUAUUAUUUUUUUUCCAGUUACAACUUGUUAAUUUGCACCUCUACUUCUGAGAGAGUUAAAUUGCAGAGAUGUAUUCUACAAAAAUAUUCCAAAAACAAUUACCGAACCACUGUGGUGAGACCGCCACCACCCUUAUCAAGGAGGAGCUUCUUGAUACACAGUGUGAUAUUACUGACAAUGUGUCUUCUAACAUAGAACAAAAUAUAGUACUAAUACAUAAAGAGUCCCCAGAAUACAAUACUGGAAUAAAGACCUUUCAAAAACAAAUGAACAAACAAAAAGUCCUACAGUGUAAUGUGGAUAUAGCUGGAGUUGUAAAAACAGAGUGUAUUGAUGGAACUGUGGAACCAGCAGCAACAACUGAACAUAUAUUUGCCAACAAAGAAAAUUGUACACAACUAUAUGAGAAUCAUGAAAUAAAGGAUGAGUUGAUUGUAGGACCAACAGUUGUACAAGCAGUGACAUUUGAACCUACUAAAUAUUUGUUACAUUUGAAAAAUAGUUCUGAAAACCUUUUUUGUAAUGCUGAUGUCUAUAAACCCAAAGACCUAAAAACCAAAGUAUCUAUUGAUAAGCCAUAUAGUUGUAGUGUGUGCAAGAAAGGCUUUAAAAAAUAUACAUAUUUAAAACAACACUUAUAUGCCCAUAGUGAUAUAAUGCCACACAGUUGUGAUGUGUGUAAAAAAUGUUUUAAAUCAAAAUAUCUUUUGAAGCGACACAUGUUUGUUCAUGUCAAUGAAAAGCCAUAUAAUUGUGAUGUGUGUAAAAAAUGUUUUAAAACAAGGCGUGAAGUAAAACAGCAUAUGAAUAUUCAUACAAUUGAAAAGCCAUAUGGGUGUGAUGUGUGUAUGAAAAGUUUUAAAACAAAGUUUAUUUUAAUCCGACACUUUUUCAUUCAUACAGCUGAAAAACCCUAUACCUGUGAUGUGUGUAAAUAUUCUUUCAGAAGAAAGGAACAUUUGCAACGGCACAUGUAUAUUCAUAAUCGUGAAAAGCCAUAUGGCUGCAGUGUAUGUACAAAAUAUUUUAUUACAAAGUGUGAUUUGAAACGGCACUUGACUGUGCAUAUAGUUAAAAAUGCAUAUAGUUGUAAUAAAUGUAAAAAAAGGUUUAAAGCAAAAAGGUAUUUGAAACAGCACUUAGAUACUCAUAAUAUUGAUAAGCUGAUAUAUAGUUGUGAUAUUUGUAAAAAAUGUUUUAAAUCAAAGAAAGGCUUGAAAACACAUUUGCAAAGUCAUACAUUUAACAAGUCCUAUAUUUGUAAUGUAUGUAAAAGUUUUUUUAAAACUGAAAAGAGUUUAAAACAGCAUAUGUAUGUUCAUACUGUUGGAAAGUCCUAUAGUUGCGAUGUAUGUAAAAAACAUUUUAAGAAAAAAUCCUUUUUAAUAAAACAUAUUAUGGUUAAUAUGCAUAUUCAUAAUAAUGAAUAUAUAGUAAAAGGUGUAAUCAUAUGAGUACUUUGACAACAAAUCACAUGCACAUGCAAUUGCGACAGGAAAUAUGAGUACCUGCUCGAUAUAUUGAGGAGAUAAAUAUACUAUGAGUAUUAAUUUCAGUACCUACCUUUUAAAAUAACCACAAACAUAUUUAUAAUAGUAGUACUAAGAUCCCUUUGCAGUAGAGCAAGGAGCUUUGGUCUAAGAACAACAACUACCUACUAUAGUUCAUUAUAUUAAAAAUGAAUAAGUUAAGAGGAUCUAUAUAGGUACUUAUAUAACUAUAUUAGCUGUAAGUGUACAUCUAUCAUUUGUUAAAACAAUAAAAUAUUAGCACGUAUUUAUUAA